AUGAGGCACCAAAGUAAUGCCCCAUGGCGUAAUUCUCAACGCACUAAAAAAAGACGGCUAGAAGACUCCGCUUACCGCCGCGACAAAGAAUUUGCUCAUCCUGAGCUUCCAAUCCACAGCCGUCGUCUUGAUAUUAUGAAAACCCUUUCAGCAGUCCAAGUCCUGAUAGUCCAAGGUGACACAGGCUGUGGCAAAACAACCCAACUUCCCCAAUUCAUAGUCCAAGAGUACCCAAACUGUCGAGUUGCAGUCACCCAGCCCCGUCGUUUAGCUGCAAUCGGUGUCGCUCGUCGAGUCAGCAAAGAGCUUGGUACCUAUUUAGGCUCAACAGUAGGAUACCAUAUUCGCGGUGAAAAGCGAUAUGGCCCAGAGUCAAAAAUCGUGUUUAUGACAACUGGUAUGUUUAUCCAAGAACUCGUUGGCAUUACUGACGAGCUUCCUUGGACACAUAUAAUCCUUGACGAAGUCCACGAACGAGCUGUAGAAACUGAAUUUCUCUUAGUCGUCCUAAAACAUCUCCUAUCAAAAUGCCCAACCAAGCUCAUUCUAAUGUCAGCUACAAUUGACGCAAGGCUUUUCGCUAACUAUUUCGCUGACUCUGAAAUCCACAAUGUCCACAAUCAAUUUGUUGACCCAAAAAAGACCAAUGAUGAUGAUUGAGCCCCAAACCAAUUUCGCGUUGGGAUCACCAAAACGUCAAGUCCUUUUGAAAUUGACAGAGAAGACGCUGCACCUAUCAAGCUUGCUGGACCUAAAAAUUUUGACGUAAAAGAAGUAUACCUUGAUGAGAUCACUGGAGAAAUGAUCAAUGAAUUUUUUCAGCUUUCUGAUGUAGAGCGUGAAGAAACGGCUAAUUAUUACCGUGAUGAGCUUGUAGAAAUCUUGCCAAGUUUCUAUAAGGUUGCGGCUUACUUAAUAAGAGCUCAGCAUUUUUUAAGGAUUUUUGAAGAACAAGAACCCCAAACAUUUUUAAUUUUUUUGCCUGGGAUACACGAAAUCACGAAAAUGGCAAAAGUUUUAUUAGAAGAUGUAAUGAAAGACUGCGCACAGGACUUAGAAAUAUGUAUGCUGCACUCUUCAAUUCCUGAAGAAAACCAUGCCAAUAUUUUUAGCAGUCCUGAAGGAAAAAGAAGAAUUAUUAUUUCGACUAAUAUUGCUGAGAGCUCUAUAACACUGCCAGAUGUGAGAUAUAGGGGAAUAUCCACUUAUAGCUUGCUAUUGGGAGGAUUCUGCAUGUUUUUGAUCUGGCUAAUUAAGCCUGACAUAAAAAGUAUAGUAAACCCUAAUCUAGCAGGGUGGAUGUGACCCUAUUGAGAUCAAGCUGUAUUGUGUAGCUAUAUAUUAUUGAUUUUUGUCUAACUAAAGAAAUCACAUAUAACAGCAAAAGCAUGUCAGAAAUGCUCGAACUGCAUUGGGCUUGCAAAGCAGUCAUGAAGCAAAGGGCAGGUAGGGCUGGAAGAGUAGCUGAAGGGGUUGUAUUUAGAUUAAUCCCAGCAAGCUUUUUUAAUGAACUAGCUGAUUUUUCAAAGCCAGAAAUACAGAGAUGCCCUCUUGAUAAAUUGGUGCUAAAAGUAAAACAGCUACAGCUGGGAACUCCUGUAGAUAUAUUAGGAAGAGCUAUCCAGCCACCAGAUAUAGCUGAAGUGAAGAGGGCUGAGGAGUAUCUUAAAGAAAUGGGCGCUUUGUCAGAAGAAUACAACUUGACAUGACUUGGACGAGUUUACUCUGAUAUGCCAUGUGAUGUAAAAAUCAGCAGACUUUGCUUGUUUGGAUACGUUUUUGGGUGCCUUCAUGAGUCAUUAGUGAUGGCUUCAGCUUUGUCUCAAGAAAAAAAUGUGUUUGCUAGCUGUGCACAUUUGGAUUAUAAAAUUGCUAAAUCCUCUGUGUUAAUUGGAACCAAAAAAUCUGCUCGGGCUAUUUUUUUUAAAAAAAAAAAUCUUAACAAUUUAAUUAAUCGAUUUAAAGUGCUAAAUUUGUCUAAAUAUCAUUUUCUUGGGCUUUCCUAUUUAUAAAGAGGUAAUGGAAACAAUAAUUUUAAUGCAUAUGUUGUUAUUAUUAAAACUCUAAGGCUGUCAUCGAGCAUUUCUCUCUUUUGAUAGUUAUUUUUACUUAUAAAUAUUUGUUUCAAUUUAAAAGCGAGAGUAAAUAUGAAAGCCAAAGAUAUGCUAUGCGACUGAGGUGGGAUAAUUAUGCUUUUAGUGACCCUAUAGCUUAUAUGAGGGCUUAUCAAGUAUGAUAUCAGCAGUGGGGAAAAGUUUAUAAAAAUAAAUUAGAAGAAAGCUAUAGACAUACAAGAAAACCAGAAAUUUCUUUUGAAGAAAAGCAAUGAUGCAAAGCGAAUUCUGUAGAUUAUAGCGUACUAACCCUCCCCCAUUAAUAGCAAGCGAAAUCUAUCAAUUUUUAAAACAACGCACAAAAAUAUUUAAUAUAUAAUUUUAGAAAAAUUAGAAACUUUAUAUGACUUCAUUGGUUUAAAAUAUCUUUCAAUAGCUUCAAAUAGAAAAUUUGAUGCAUUUUUUUUUCUUAAUUUAAAAACUUAUAUAUCUCCAAAAAUCUUAUUUAAAUUCUAAAUUAAAAACUACAAAAAGUCUUUUUAUUAAAUGAGAAAAGAAUAAGAGAAAUGUGUGAAACUUAUAUGGAGCUUGAAAGAAGGCUUACUAUGAUCGGACUAUCUAAAGAGCAUUUAAAAAAUCGACUCGGCACUGGCCAAGAAGAUAUUUUGACUUUAAAAUUGUGCUUAGCUGCUGCUUAUAAUGGUAAAUAUUUAAUUUCCCAUUAUGCUUACGAAGACGAAGUCAUGAGAAGAAAACGCGAGCAGCAGCUCGGUGAAAAUUCUUCAUCAAAAGUAUUAAUUCCAAACAUCCCUGAUUAUUGUAGAGAAAGUGAUAUUGCUCGAAUUCUUACCGAGUGUCGAUCAACCCAUAUAAAUAUGCAUUUUGAAUAUGGGAACGCAGUUUUAACUUUUGACCCUACUGAAGGUCCAAGGCCACUCCAAAUGUGCUUAUGGCUCGGAAAUUAUGGCCCGAGAUACAGAUGUGGUGAUUUUAUAGUUGUGAAAAAAAAUAUCCGCAAUGAACAAAGAGAUUUGCUCCAAAGUAUGGACCCUGAAAAUCUAGCCCAACAUAUAAAUUACAUAGCUCGUCAGCAGCCUCGAGAAGGGAUGACUUUUCAACUAGGCGAAGAAAAUUUUGCAGGAAAUAAAAUUUUUGUGGAAGCUUUUUGCCUGCCAAGGCCUGAAUACUUGUAUAGGCUUGGGUUUAUUGAUUUGCUUACUGGGCUUGGAAUUAAUAUUGAUGAAUAUUCUGUUUGCAAAGUCUGUGUUGAAAGCAAUCCAUUAAUGGAGCAGCUUCAUAUGGCUGUUUGUGCUGAAUUUACAGAAAAACGCAACAAAACCACAGCAUCCCACGUCACAGUUUUCCCAAAAUUCCCACUUUUACCACACAUUUUGAGCAUGAUUUUUACAAGAGACGUCAAUUUUUUCCAAAAUAAUGGAAAAUAUGGAGGGAUUAUGGUAGGGACAACUGUGCUGAAAUUUAAAUAUAACUUCACUGGAAAAGAUGUAGAAGAAAUCAAUGAUAUCAGGAAAGAAAUUUCUGAAGCAUUAUUUGAUGAAAAAGGGAUUUUAAAUCCAAAGCCUCUACAAGUAAAGGACAAAAUAAUAAGAUUAAUAACAAAAAGAAGACUCCCUUUAAUUGAUGAACAAUGAAGACAUGUCCUAGAAAGCUUUAAUCCUUAUGAUGUUGUACCUUAUAAAGAAGAAGAAGAGCCUAAAAUUGAAGAUGGAGCUAUUCAACCAAAAAAAAUUGAGGUUUAUUUGAAGCCGCUAAAAAAGCUGCCAGAUGUAAUUGAUGAUGUAAGACUUUGGUCUGAAGAAGGUCAAAGGGCAAUAGAAAGAGAAAUGUAUCUAAUCAGCCUACAAAAAGAAGAAUUCGUACAAAAAAUAAAAAAUGAUGCAAGAGCUGCCAGAUUGACUAGAGCUGAGCUAAUAUGUAAAGAAUGCAAAAUGACUAUAUGUGCUUAUUUUAAUGCAAACCCUGUAAAUAUCAAUCCAGCGAGCGGUGUUUUUACUAUAACUGGCAUUUUUGCGUCUGUAAAAAUGCUUGAUGAUCUUAGAGAUGAACAAGUAAACUGUGAUUUUAUAAGAAAUUUUCAGUAUAACUUGCUUGAUGUCGAUAAAUGGGCAGCUUGCAUGGAAGGGCAUAUUAUAGGUUGGGAAUCUCAAGGAAAAUGCUUUAUCGACCAUAAUUCGCCUUUAUUAGUCAUGAUGCCUUCAGGCGAAAUUUGUAACUGGAGCUCAAGACUGUGGGCAAAUGGUAUUGAAGGCUUCAGAAAUUAUUGCAGGUCUCAUGAAGAAAUUAAAAAGCAAAAGCCCAAAAAGACUCAUUGCGACCUAUGCAAAUUAUUAGAUUAAGAUGUGUCUUUAUUGUCCCCACUUCCUGAGUACUAUGCGUUGCACAAUUAAAUUGAGCCCGGGCCAAAACCCGCGAUUUAUUGGUAGAGAGGCAUUUUCCCUCAAUUGUCCGAGUCAUACAGACUUUGCAGGAAACCUCUAUUUCUAACCCAAGCAACCAGCUUACACAACUCUGCUUAGCUUAGGCCAGGUCGCCCCUUUCACAGGACCCUUUUAAACUGGGGAGACUGUAGCCCUUGAGAGGGUUGUCUAGUCUAUCUUCCCAAUUUUCCCUGGUUCAUCACCAAUGAAAGCUCAACCGCUUACACGAUCGGGACAGGCCAAGAAGAAGUCUAGGCAAGUAAGUCGCCCUGCCUCUAUCGGACACUCACCUGGGCCUGGGUGCUUCUGGCAAAAAACUGCCGCUCGAGUCAGUCACUAAUCAGCGGAAAUAGCAUUGAGGCCUCUCUUUGCACCAAAAACCACGUCCCGAUAUACAUAAGAACACCCACGAGGACAGGUCGUUCGUCACCGGCCAUUUUAUGUAUACACCUAUACAAAUUAGACUGCAUUGAUGAGAGGGAUUUUUAUCAUCACGUCGUUAUUAGUAAAGAGCACUCAAUGAAUGUAACUGCAUUUUUAAGAGAUUAUAAUUAUUAAUAUCUAUAAUGUCCCUAUUCGUUUGAUUCUAUGCUCCACAGAUUUCGUUGUAGGGUGGUAGAGAAUACCUGGCUUAAACCUAGGUCUAAAUUCUCUGGUUUUAAUAGCUAUCGGUCAAUUACUGACUUUACUAACCAUCUCAAAUCCAGCCCAAGAGAUUGAGCAAGUUGACAUCAUCACUACCCUUCAAACACCAGAACGACUAUUAAAAAAGCCUGCUUCAUAUAGAUAGACUCCAGUUUGCUCAACAGUCAUAUCAUCUAUGGCAAGCCAGUCAAAAAGGCGCUACUGUGAAAAAGAGAUGCAAUUAACUGCAAAGGAGUUAGAACUAAAAGCAGCUAAUUAUAGCAAAGCAGCAAUGUCAGCUCAAAAUAAAUGCCAAUUGUACAUAAGGACACCUACAAUAGAAAGAUAGGAGGCUCAUCUCACUCCAUUUUAUUUAUAUUGUAUUUAAGAGAUGGAUUUUAA